AACCCGCGAACUCACACCGGUUUCUCUCCAUCCUCAGCCUGCGCGCCACCAUCGCCGUCAUGCUGGCGCCGCUCUCCGCCGCUGCGCGGUGACCGCAACCGCCCGGGCCGGCCCUCGAGGCCUCCUGCAUUCUGCCCCAACCCCCGGCCCCGCUGCGGCUAUCCAGUCAGUUCACUGCUAUUCCCAUGGGUCACACGAGACAAAUGAGGAGUUUGAUGCUCGCUGGGUAACAUACACCAACAAGCCAGAUAUAGAUGCCUGGGAAUUGCAUAAAGGGAUGAACAACACACUUGUUAGCUAUGAUCUGGUUCCAGAGCCCAAAAUCAUUGAUGUUGCUUUGUGGCCAUGCAGACGGUUAAACGAUUUUGCUAGUGCAGUUCGCAUCCUAGAGGUCGUUUAGGACAAAGCAGGACCUCAUAAGGAAAUCUACCCCUAUGUCAUCCAGGAACUUAGAUCAACUUUAAAUGAACUCGGAAUCUCCACUCCGGAGGAACUGGGCCUUGACAAAAUGUAAACUCCAUGGCUUCCCAAGGAUUUAUUGAUAUUGCUACUUGAGUGUAAACAGUUACCUGGAAAUACUGAUGAUAACAUAUUACCUUAUUUGAAAAAGUUUUCCUUUAUUAAGUACCAAGCCAUGUAAUGGUAACUUGGACUUUAAUAAAAGGGAAAUGAGUUUGAACUUAAAAAAAAAAAAGUAGCUCUCCACAAAAUACUUAUUCAUAACUUUUAACCUAGUAAGUACAAAAUACUUAAUUAAUUUUACAGUGAAGAAAUUCGGCAGACACCAUCUUAACCAAGUGAUAAAAGUCAACACUGAUAGAAACAGAACAAAUUACAUUGUUGCCUUCUGAUGCCGCAUUGAGAAGAACAUAGCAUCACUUCUGUGGUACGUCUCCACAAAAACCCACUACCAACAAAUAACCUGAAUCUAACCAUGAGAAACUUAAGGCAAACUCAAGUGUAAGGACAGUCUACAAAUUAAUUGCCUGUUCUCUUUUAAACUGUCAACAUGAAAGACAUGGAAAAACUGAGGAAUCUCCAAGUUGAAGGAGGUUAAAGAGACAUAGCAAUUAAAUUCAACACAUGAUCUUCUAUUGGUUCCUGGGUCAGAAAGGAAAGGGUGAUUAUAAAGCACAUUAUGGAGACAAUCAGUGAAAUUUGAAUGCAGUUUGCAGCUUCGAUAUUGUUUUGGAGGCACAGCGGACACCAGGACUCCAAGAUGGCGUCAGUCGUACCAGUGAAGGACAAGAAACUUCUGGAGGUCAAACUGGGGGAGCUGCCAAAAUGGAUCUUGAUGCGGGACUUCAGCCCUAGUGGCAUUCUCGGAGCAUUUCGAAGAGGUUACUACCGGUACUACAACAAGUACAUUAACGUGAAGAAGGGGAGAAUCUCAGGGAUUACCAUGGUGCUGACAUGCUACGUGCUCUUCAACUACAGCAUUUCCUACAAGCAUCUCAAGCACGAGCGGCUCCGCAAAUACCACUGAAGAGGACACACUAUGCACCACCCCCUGACCCCACGACCUUGGCCUGAGCCCCUCUGUGAGGAACACAAUCUCGAUCGUUGCUGAAUCCUUUCAUGUCCUAAUGGGAAUUAACCUCCAAAUAAAAGAUGACUGGUAAAAAAAAAAAAAAAAAAAAAAAAAA